UCAGUGCACGUUUCAGCUGUAUUGCAUUCAGUGGUGCGGGCCGUGCGGGCCGCCUAAAUAGGGCCAUUGACAUAAUUUUUACAAAAAUAGAAGAAAUUGUUUGAAUGUUUUUUUUGGAAUAAAUAAGGAGUAAAAAGAAAAAGAAGACAAUCGUAAUGAAAACACAGAAGUGGGAGGAGUUAAAUGUGCGACUGAGUGAUUCUGUAUUGGAAACACUCGAGCAGUUGGGAUUUUUCAAUAUGAUUAAGGUAGCUUGUAUACCUUUAUUAUUAAAUGGUAAAGAUGUUGCGGCAGAAGCAGUUACAGGCAGUGGCAAGACACUCGCUUUUCUUAUUCCUCUAUUGGAGAUGUUACAAAAACGAAAUGAAAAAUGGAAGAUUAUGGAAGUGGGAGCGAUAAUAGUCAGCCCUACAAGAGAAUUGGCUAUACAAAUUAGUGAAAUUCUAGAAGAGUUCUUAAAAAGAAUUCCAUCGUUAAAGCAAGUAUUACUGGUUGGUGGUGUGACGCUUCAGAAAGAUGCAGAAAAGUUAAAGAAAGGAGCAAAUAUUAUUGUUGCCACACCUGGUAGAUUGAAAGAUAUCCUGUCUAAUUACAUCAAUUUGGGCCUAUAUAUAAAAUCUUUGGAAUUUCUUGUAUUAGAUGAGGCAGAUAGAUUAUUAGACUUGGGAUUCUCGGCGACUUUAGAUAUUAUUUUAAGCUAUUUGCCACGUCUUCGAAGAACAGGAUUAUUUUCUGCAACACAGACGAAAGAGCUGCAGCAAUUGAUCAGAGCGGGACUAAGAAAUCCAGCAUUAAUUGUUGUGAAAGAAAAGUCUAAUGUUUCCACGCCUGUAAAUUUAAAAAAUAGUUUUACAAUUGUUCAACCUGAAUAUAAGUUGCCAGUAAUGAUAGAUUUUAUACGUUCAGUAGGAUUUAAAACAAAGUAUAUGAUAUUUUUACCUACCUGUGCGUGUGUGGAUUAUUUCAGUCGAGUUAUACAGACAUUAUUACCAUCGAUAAACGUACUUGCCUUACACGGUAAAAUGAAAAGUAAGAGAUAUAAAGUGUUCGAUAAAUUUCGAUAUGCUGAAAAUGGCAUUUUAAUAUGCACAGAUGUAAUGGCUCGUGGCAUCGAUAUAUCGGAAAUAGACUGGGUGUUACAAUACGAUCCUCCCAGUACAGCCAGCAGUUUCGUACACAGAUGUGGUAGAACUGCGAGAAUCGGUAAUGAAGGAAACGCAUUGCUAUUUCUUCUAGAAACAGAGAGUGCAUAUGUAGAUUUCAUUAAAAGAAACCAAAAAGUCGAGCUGCGUCAGAUGGAAAGAGAAUUAAACGAGGAGACUGUUGAUGAAUGCUUACAGUGCAUGAGGCGGAUGCAACAAAGGGAUCGAUUUAUGUUUGAUAAAGCCAAUCGUGCCUUUGUUUCAUACGUGCAGGCAUAUAAUAAACACGAAUGUAAUUUAAUUCUUCAGUUAAAAGAUGUGGAUUUGGGAAAAUUGGCGAUGGGUUUCGGUCUUUUGAGAAUGCCAAAAAUGCCGGAGCUCAAAGGGAAGAAUUUAUCGUCUUUCGUUGGUCCUGAAAUUGAUGUAAACACGAUACCUUAUGUACACAAACAACGUGAAUUGCGCAGAAUUAAAAGAUUAAACGAGUAUUGGAGCACUGGUGUUUGGACAAAUAAUCAGAAAAGAUGUAAACAAAAACGAGCGGAAUCCUGGUCUGAAACCAAAAAGAGAAAACUCGAGAGACGAGAGAAACGAAGUAAACGGAAGGAAAGGAAGGAAUUGAAACAACAACAAUUUUUAACAAUUUCUAAUAAAAAGAAGAGAAAACGAAUAAACGAGGAGGAUGUUGAACAAUUAGCGAAAGAUAUAGCAUUAAUAAAAAAAUUUAAGAAAAAGAAGAUAUCGCAAGAGGAAUUUGACGUGGCUUUUCAAGUAUGAAAAUGUUAACAUAUAACUGUACAAGACACACGUUUAAGAGAUAUAUUUUUUACUCUCUUGAUAUAAUUUAAUG